GGAUGUAACCCAUGCAUUACAUUUAUAACAAUCUAUAACGACACGAUUUUGACUCCUGUAUAUGCUGUUGUGCUUGAAUUGAGAGGAACAGAGGGUUAUUUUGCAGUGUUCAAUUUUAAGGAAGUGCAUCGAUAACAGUUCAGUGUUCACACCCAACAGAAAUAUUUCAAACAAAACUGGUUGUGAUCCUUCUUCUCAUAUCAGCAGAAUGAUGUCGGAGAGGCAAAUGUCGAGCAGCUCUGGGGAACAGAGACAAAAUCAAUCUCUUCUAACAGUUCUGAAUAAAUUUGUUCAAGCUGUGAACGUUAUGGACGAAACUGUUAUGAUUCCAAGCCGACUGAAAGACAUGGAAAUUAGAACUUCCGAGAAAAAUACGGAAAUCGUAGAGGAAAAUAACAAUAUGUCGCUCAUGCCAAUCAUGAAACCAGGUACAGACUUGCAUAGUUUCUAUAAGAUGUUGAAUACUAUAAAAAAGGAAAUCAUCGGAGAAAAAUCCGGAGAAGACGAACAAACUGUGACGUCAUCUGAUUCUGAGGACGAUACAGCAAAUGAUUCUUCUAAGAAGACUGCAGAAUUGUUCCGUCAUCAUUUACGGGGACUUUUUAACGUCAUGAACCAGCUGACAGAUACAGCUAAAGUACUCACGGAACAAUACGAGUCGGAAUUCAUUGGGGAGGUAUCCAACAAAUCGAUUUCCUCUUUCGCUAUUUGAUAGCUGGCUACUGAAACUAUGUGAAGUUUAGGGUAAACCAGUGCUGUUCAUGUGUGUAUGUAUGUGAGUGUUUUGUAUGACUGUUCGCAUCGAAUGAUGUAGCCUUUUUAAAGGGUUGCGAAAUGAAGCGGUGUUAACACAAACAAUAGCCCAAAGUGCAAUGAAAUGUGAAGAACUAUAAACUUGUAGGGGAGCCAUUAAUUAACUGUGCCUUAAAUCGAUGUGACUUUUUUCUGCAUGAUAUUUUUAUUUAUUUUUCCUUCAGUUUUGCAAAAAUGACAAUUUGCAAAAUAUACAUGUGUUCAUGGCGUAUUAUUGCAAAAUUCUUUUUUCAGUAAAAUAUUACUUACACUA